AUGCCCCCUAUUCGCCAGGCCGCACAUCCCCCCGCCGGAGUUAAUGCCUUAGCCAAUACGAAGACCGCCCAAGAGGUUCGUCAAGCAGCUGAAAGGGCCGCUGCGUUCCUCGCCCAGAGGGACCUCCAUAGCCAACCCGCAUCUAGUGUAAACGCGGGAAAUAGUGCUGAUACGAAUACCUCCUUUGAGUUUGCUUCAAUAUCUGAAUACGAGGCAAGCUUCUCUGCGCGUGUAAUCGACGAGAUGGUUGAGCGUGGACAGAUUGGUCCGGAAUGGAGGGAGCUCGCUCGGACUCGAGCUAUCCAAAAUGUCUUAAACAGGGGUCCUCUGGCCGAGGCUAGAUCAUCUCUUCUCAGCACAUUGGCGAAUAGUACGAGUGGUAAUGUAGGGUCACUUGGGCAUUUGGACAGGCCGAGGCUUCCAGCGGAAUCAGAGAUUCCUCCUCGCUCGCGACUAGUUCGUGGACGAGCGCGCAGAGCAGCUUUACCGCGUGGUGGAAGGCAUGCUAACCCCCCUCGUGCGUUGCCUGUUCAAGGGCCUAAAUUAGAACCCUUCGAUCUUGAAAAAAGCCGUGAAGGGUUAGCCAGAUGUCUUGGAGCGUACAUGGACAAGGUCAUGCCUGGCGUCAAUCCCUCUUCUCUGUCAGCUGAUGACACAGCAAAACUGAUAAACGAUAUGGAGCAAAUGAUUAUCGAAGGUACUGGAUCGAUAAAUGGCCUGAGUGCAUAUAUGAACACACCUGGAGGUUCUUCAGGUAUCCCUGGCAACAGCGGGCAAGACGAGAUCAGGGGUGAUGAACUUCCACCACUUGGGUGGAAAAUGUCCAAGGAGCGAUAUAUUUGGCUGGUUACCUAUAUGAAACGCUACAUGCCCCUUGACACUCCAUCAACCAUUAGUGAAGAUGAAAGGGCAGAGCACAUGCUCCUUUAUGACCAAGCCAUGCCUAAGGACAGCCUCAACGUUGACGUACCUAAAGUGAAACAAGGGAAGAGCAUUGCUCACAAACCCAAAGAUAAUACAACACACAGUAUUUCGGAGGAUGUGAAUAGGUCAGACACAAAAACUCACUCGGCUGAUCCCAUUUCUGCCGUCCACAAGCACCUACCAUAUCCUCCAACACCAUAUACGGAGGAAGACCUGAGCCGACUGGCUAGGGUGUCUUACGAAAUUGCCAUGAAGAAAGUCCGCGAGGCAGGCGGAUCGCAGCGUGCUAUUAACCAUGGAGAUGAGGGCCAGGAUGAGUGCGAUACUGAUCACCACCAUUGCUUGAUUUCUGAAACUUUGCACCAAGUGUUGCUUGAACAGGUCACAGGUUUUAUAGGGGAUAGUCAGGUAGACACCCAGAACACAGACCUUCUCAAACAGGAAAGUUCAACCCCUACCAAACCUGAUCUCACUUCCCCCGGACCUCGUACAGCUCGCGAAGCAGUUACCCGUCCCAGAGGUGGGCGAGGCAGAGGCCGGGUUACAGGAAAUGAAAACCACCAAGGCCAAACUAAACGAGCAGUCAACUCAAAUCAUCACAUUGUACCUACGUCGAAAAUGGCUCCCGACGCUUCCACCAUGACUGAAGACAAACGUGAAACACUUGCUUCCUAUAUGGAGAGAACAAAGUCCAUGAGAAAUUCCUCUGUCCCACGUGGAAAGAAAAGUGGAAAAUCCCGCCAGAUUGAGGAUGAGAUUAGAGCGGCAGUGGCUGAUGAGCUCCCGGUUUGCACCAAUCCUCAUUGCCAAUGUAACCAAUCUUUGCCUCUCGAGGGCUCUGUCAGCGAAGCGGGUAGUGGAUCGGGGCCGAAGCUUUUUGAGCCGCCUACCUCAUCCAACGGUGCCAAUUAUGGUAGUGACAGUGAGGCGUCUAGCCCCGCACCCUUCAGGGAAACCUUCGAAAAAGCCCUUUUGGCUACCUCCGCAUUUUCCGAGCGUGUCAAAGUCACUCCACGCAGUGAACGCCAAACCACCCACAUGUCUGGUGUCGACGAGUUGCUUGCUAAAGCCCAAAUGUUGGAGCACGAUCAGUGCCCUCUGGAAGCCGAGAAAUCGGGUUACGAUAGGCCGGCUGCCGGUGGCCAUCCGCCGGGAGGACCAGACACGCCUCUCGAUAACCAGGCUGCCGAGCCUGAUGAAACUUUGACCGAAGCCAGAAAGGCAGAGUUGGAUUUGUUGGUCAAGCAAUAUCUCAACUGCACAUUGGAGCCUGGACGUAUCGGCGACGUGGUUGGAUGUCACUAUCGUCAAAGCACCAUCUCGUCAUCCCUCAAGGAGCGCGACCGCUUAUUCCACGCCAUGGAUGAGUUGAACGCACCGCCGCCGAAACCAGCAUGCACUCAUAAGACUCGCCCCAAGCGCGAGAAGGUUAGUGCUUGUGGUGCAACAAACAGCGAAAUUUACUCCGGCUUCCGAGCCGUCGUCGCUGAACAAUUUAAGGCUCCUUCUAAGACCUCGGAGGAUGGACCUGGUCUCAACCUCCCGGCCUUCCUGCUGCCUGGUCUUUACGACUAUGUCAUGAGUCAGAAGAACGAUGGUGCCCCCGCUCCGAAGCCUCGCCGCCGCCGUGUCAGGUACAAGACCGUUGUAGCGCCCAUCCCUGCCGACCUCAAGAGGGAGAUUAACCACUGGGAGACAGAGUUCAAGGAGUUGGGGAUCCCGGAGGAAAACUACAUGAAGUGGAUGACCGGGAGGUACAACUCUUACUGCAAAGGCCUCGCCAAGCUUCAGCAGCUGGUUACCGACAUGAAACAGGGUCCCUCUAGCCCUGAAAUCAACCAUAUCCUCCAUGCUGCUCAGGGUGCGACUGGGGUGGCGGCCGACACUUACCUGUUGAAGUCUGAUGCGGAACCCUCUUCUUCUACUAAAACUCCAACCCGUAAGAAGUAA